AUGUCACAGGAUUUAAUUGAUAAUACAGACAUAAAUUCAACAACAACCACCAAAAUCAGACAGACAAAAACCAUGAAUAAAAAGACGGGUGCUGCAAAUGGUUCUGAUGCUUCCAAUAAUGGUAAGGAUUCCAGUAAGGAUAAACCAAAAGCAUUUACCAUCAAAUACAAACGUCCAAGAGGAUCAAGAGCUUGUACUGUUUGUAGAUCAAGAAAGGUAAGAUGUGAUGCUGAGAUUCAUAUUCCUUGUACCAAUUGUAUAACAUUUGGUUGUGAUUGUAUAUUACCAGAAGCUAAGAAGAGAGGUAAUCAACCAGGUGAAGGUAAAAAGAAGAGACAACAAGUUCAAGAUGGUAAAGAGAAAACAACCAAGAAACGAAAAAAGGAUUUAAUUAAAGGAGAAGAAGAUUCAACUGUAAAUCCACUGGAUACAACUUCUGCAGUCAAGAAUAAUCAUGACGACCACUCAUCUCAUUUCAGUAUUCAUCGUGCUACUCCAGUGUCAGUGGCAUCAUCUCCACGUCUAAGUGGUCCAAUAUUAAAUAUUUCUCAAGUAAGUGUUCCACCAUCAUUACAUUCAACUUAUAAUACCCGUCCACAAAUUCUCAAACGUAGAAUGCACAACUUUAAAAACAAAGCCGCUUUAACCUUUUUGGGAGCAUCUUCUAUUGGAGUCGUACCUCAACGUAUUGGUGAUAAUCAUGUUGAAUUAACUGAUGAUGUAUUUGAAGAAACUGAUAAUUCAUUAGAUUCUGUUGAAUUAGAGAUUUUGAAAUUAAGAGGAGCAUUCUUAUUACCAAAUAAGGAAUUAGCACUUGAUUUGAUAAAUGCUUAUUUUGAACAUGUACAUCCAUUAAUGCCAGUCAUUAAUCGUACAUUGUUUAUGAAGAAAUUUAAUGAUCCAGAUGAUAGUCCAAGUUUAAUGGUUUUACAUGCUGUGUUAUUAUGUGGUUGUAGAGUAUCUAAGAAUCCAUUAUUAUUGGAUUCAAAAGGAACUAAGAAUUUAGCUGCAUUGACCUUUUUCAGAAGAGCUAAAGCAUUGUAUGAAAUGAAUUAUGAAAGUGAUCCUAUUUCGAUUAUACAGACUUUGAUUCUUAUUGGAUCCUAUUGGGAUGGACCGGAAGAUGUGACUAAAAAUUCUUUCUAUUGGACAAGAGUUGCAGUUGGUGUAGCUCAAGGAUUUGGUUUUCAGCGUGAUGUGAAUAAUAAUAAGAAUUUAACAACUUCAGAAAAGAGAAUAUGGAGAAGAAUUUGGUGGUGUCUUUUUGAAAAAGAUAGAAAUGUGGCUAUCGCUUUUGGUAGACCCGUGGUUAUCGAUUUAAAUGAUUGUGACGUUCCAAUGUUGACUAUAGAUGAUUUUAAUGAAGAUGAUCCAGAAUUAGAUAUUGUUUCACCAUAUGAAGUUGAUGAAACACAAGCAUUAUAUUUUAUUCAUUUGGUCAAAUUAGCUGAAAUCACUGGUAUCAUUAUCAAACAUCAAUACAGUGUCAAAUCAGAAUCAAUGAAAAGAAGAAAUGCAUUUUCUAUUAUUGAACAUUGUGAUAUGUUGAUGGGUAUUUGGUUUACUAAUUUACCUCAUCAAUUGGUAUUUUCAUUAGCUGAUAAUGAUACUCAAAAUUUCUAUUCAUGUCUUUUGAAUGCCCAAUAUUAUAAUAGAUUAUAUUUGGUCCAUAGAUCCAAUUUGAUAAGAAUGGCAAGAUCAUCAUCUACCAAUCCAAAUAAUUAUAAAUAUCCAAGUUGGGGUAUUUCUUUCCAAUCCGCCAGAAUGAUUUCUAUCAUUUCCAAGAUAUUAUUAGAUCGUGACCAAAUUCAAUAUGUGCCGGCUAUCUAUGUAUACAUUACUUUCAGUGCGUUAGUUAUGUUGAUUUAUCAUGUUGAUUCAACCAAUCCAGUUAUUGCCUCCACUGCAUCUGAUUCGUUAUUUGUUUCAAGAGCAGUAUUGAAAGAAUUGGUUCGUUAUUGGCCUAUUGCUGGUGUAUUGAUGAAGUUGUUUGAUAAAUAUGCCGAUGAUAAAUGUAAACGUGAACAAGUUAUUGCCAAUGGAUCUGCCAUUGCAGAAUAUAAAGAAAAUAAAGAAAGAAGAAAUGAUAGUCCAAUGGAAUUACAAGAAAAUCAACAUACAAUUGCUCAACCAACAGCUACUCCAGCAAAAGCAAACAAUAGAAACUUGUUUUCACCUCCUGGUUCAUCAAUUACAUCUGGUAUUUCUCCACUUGGACGCGUGUAUGAUAACUUCUCCAACUUAAAUACAUCAGCAGUUAGAUCAAUGCCACAAAAUAAUCAACAACUUCCAAAUAUGCCACCAAAACAUCAUACUGAAGGAGAAACACCAAAUAUUGAAGAUUUGAUUACUCAAUAUAAAUUACCCAAGAAACUUGCCGAAACAGGCGGAACCAGUGAUAAACCAACCACAAAUGAAACUUCCCCAUCAUCUUCAAUCAAAUCAUUCCCCGAUAUUUCAUUGGUUACUGAUAACCUCCAAAAUAAUCAAAAUUUCUUUGCUAAUUUUGAACCAACUCAAUUAUUUCCAAAUUUCAGUCUUCCUCCAACUAGGGAUCAAACUCCAGGACCACCAGAAGAUGGACCUAUUGGAAGUAAUGUAUAUAGUACCAUGCAUCAGCUGUUAAGUCAAGGUAACGAGCCCCAUCAACCACAACAGCAACAUACACAAGACCAACAACAACAGCAACCCCACCUUCAACAACCACAACCGCAACUGAACCAUCAUCAUAUGACGCCACACCAACAUCAUCAUCCAGACGAUAUUUUGAAUCCAAACACCCCGGGAUUCCAGACUAAUUUCGUUGAUAGUUCAUAUAUUAAUAUGAAUUUACAAUCUGGGCUUCCUUUAGAAGAUAAUUUAGGAGCUUUGUUUAAUUUUUACAAUUAG